UUAAUUAUAUAUCAUAAUGUAUUUAAUAUUUCUUGAUAAAGCCAGUAGCUGUUGGUAAUCCUGUUACGCUAAUAUUGGAGAAUAGGGUAAUUGUUUGAUUUAUGUCAAAUCAGUUUAUUUGUUUACAAAUUUUGUAAUAAAAGUGGAUUCGUGCAUUUUGUUGAGUUAAUGCGUGUAAAUGGCUUUUCAGUUUAAUCAACCAAAUACCAUAGGACCACCAACAACCUUCUUAGCCACAUUAAUGACGGACAAUUUUCCUGAUGUUUCUAUUCUGAAUGGACUCAAUGAUAAGCCUUUGGACAUGAAUAGGCCUAAGAAUGGAACAGCUCGGGUAGAUGAGAAAGAUGAUUCUGGUGAUCCUUCUACAGAAAAGAGGGAUAGGAGGAAUAAUAAACCCAGAGACAGAGAUUUCAAAUCAAGAGAUGAAGAUUCUAAUCUGUCAAACUCUUCUGAUGUUAUUACACUGCAGACCAAUACAACAUCUGCACCUCCUCCUCCGUCCAUGGCUCCAAACAUGUGGGCUGGCAUGAUGAGCAUGAGUUAUCCAAUGGUGGGCAUGAAUAUGAUAAUGGAUCCCAAUGUUAUGUCGAUGAAUAAUUUUGGUAUGAUGCCACCAAUGAUGGCAGCUGCUGCUACAGCUUCUGAUAACCUAAUAACCCCACCAAAUAAUGCUGAUCCAAACUUGAUGAUAAAUCCACCUGUUAAAGAGAUAAUUCACUGCAAAUCAUGCACCAUGUUUCCACCCAAUCCGAACGCUCCACCCCCUACCACCAGAGAACGACCUCCAGGUUGCAGAACCGUUUUCGUUGGUGGUUUACCAGAAAAUAUGACCGAGGAGAUUAUAAUGGAGGUUUUUGAGCGUUGCGGAGAGGUUACUACUCUAAGAUUGAGUAAGAAAAAUUUCUGUCACAUAAGAUUCGUCUAUGAAGCGUCGGUAGAUGCUGCCAUAUUUUUGUCCGGCUAUAGGAUUAGAAUUGGAUCAAACACCGAUCCUCCAAAUACCGGUAGAUUACACGUUGAUUAUGCGCAGGCAAGAGAUGAUCAAUAUGAAUGGGAAUGUAGGCAAAGACAAUUGCAAAGGGAACAGAGGCAUAGGGAGAGAAUGGAAGAGGAGAGGUUGAGACCACCUUCACCUCCACCAGUAGUCCAUUAUACUGAUCAUGAGGCAUCUGCUGUCUCAGAGAAAAUCAAGCAAGAUGAUACUUUUACAAAAGCAGUGCAGAUUGUUAUUACGUGGCUGGAGAGAGGCGAUUGCAGUAAGCGUAACGCGAAUAACUUCUAUUCCAUGAUCCAAUCAACAAACUCACAUGUUCGUCGUCUCAUGAACGAAAAGGUCCAGUACGAGGAGGAACUGCAGAAGGCAAAAGAGAUCAUGAAAGGCCGAAUGCAGGGUAUUCUGCUUCAAUUCAGUCAAAUAGAGCGAUUGUUCAUGGCUGCGUGUCACAAGAAGGUCUGGGACCAUUUCACCAAGGCGCAGAGAAAGAACAUCGAGCUGUGGAAAAAGCAAUCAAUGGAGAUUAAAAACGUGCAAAUCGAUGGUGAUAGCUUUGUUGAGAGAGGCGACGACGAGAUGGACUUGUCCGAUGAGGAGAACCCGAUGCCGAGGAAAAAAACCCGCAUGGACGUUGUAGGUGACGAAAAUAAUCAAUUGAAGGAUGAGAAUACUAACUUAAGGUGUCAAAUGGAAGCAUACAAGAACGAGGUUGACGUUAUUAAGAUGGACUUGCGCAAAGAGCUGGAUGACAAAGAAAAGCAAUUUAAGAUGCUGCAACAGACAUUGCAUGGUAUGCAACAGCAGCUACUAGAAGCUAAGAAGAAACAAACUGAAGAAGAGAACAGAGUUAAAGAGCUUCAACUGAAAUUAAAACAAACCUUAGAGAAGAAUACAACGACGAUCAAUUUGGACGAUUUGGAGUCUGAUAAGACUGAUUCGUUAUCUAGUGAGGGCCGAAAUAAUUCACCACUUCAAGAGCAAGAAGUAUUUACCGACAAGGAUGCUCGAUUAGUCGGAAUAAUAUCAGCUUUCUUAAAUGUCCAUCCAUUCGGAGCGGGGCUAGAUUACAUUUGGUCAUAUGUUAGUAAAUUAGAGGUAAAUGUAAGACCAUCGGAUUUGGAAUUGCUUAUGUCGCGAUUCCCCAGUGUUUUCAGUCAAGAAGUUAUUGGUAUCGGUGCAAAUAUUGAGAGAAGGUGGCUAUUUAGUGCCUUCAAAACUCCCUUAUAAUAUGACUGAAUUGAAUGUACUCUACCAUGACCAAAAACCGCUCUAUAGGCAAAAAAAAUGAAGCUGGAGUGCAAAGGAACAAUUUUCUAUGUUAUAAUCAAGUGGACUUAGUUGAUUUAAUAAGAAAAUAAUACUCAAUUCCUUGGCCUAAGAAAAUUUUCAAAUUGAAA